GUUCGAGUUAGUCGUAUUCAGUUGCUUGUUUUCAGUCUUUAUUCCUCCAUUUUUAUAUCAAUAAUCGGUUGUUGUCGUUUUAAACGAGAAUGAGCGAUGCAGUGGACGCGAAACGCGACAACUUUCGGUGCGAUAUCUCCCUAUAAGGAAAUACAAAACGAUGUAAUCUCAGAAGCGCGUGACCUACGAAGUCGUAUAAAAGUCCGUCACUAGGUAAAAGAAAAGUCGAACUUUCGAAGGAAAUAUUGCAUUGUUGUAACAACGAUUGAAAUUAAAAAUCGUCAAAUGGAUGAGUCGACGAGUAGUAGUGACAAGAGACAACCCAUCGAAGUAAACCCAGAGCAGAAGAGGGCUACGUAUCUAAAAGUGACCAAUUACACAACGUCUAAGGACGCCGAUUUAUCAAGAAUACCAAAACGAAAAUUGUCCGUGUUUUAUCGUUCGUACGACGUGAUCGCUCAGAUCGUUCAGGAAAAGGAGAAAGAGACGCACGAUUUUCGACGAACAUCUAGCAGUCCAUCCGUUCGAAUCGAACGGACGCAAGAGAAUAUCGAUUCGAAGAACGAUGAAAUUGAUCAGCAAACGUGCUUGCACAAAAGAGCCUUCGUCAACAACUAUCGUUCGUUGAUCGAGAGUGGGAAAUUCUGGAGCAGCUUUUCGCCGGAUCAUCUUAGUGAAAAAUCUUCGUCGAAUAACGCUCAAGUUUCGAAAGUUGUAUCGUUAUCCCAGACGGCGCUCAAGCUGCCUCAAGUUCGAGAGGACACUAUCGUUGAUAAUUAUGCGACGAUUUCCGAGACUUCAAUCGGGAAACAUUAUAAGUUGAAUAAUAAUGGAAAUGAUGGGCUCAAAGCUGCUGAUGAAAAUGUCGCAACUGAUUCGCGCCAAACGAAUUCGUCGCCGGACCUGACCAACGUCGUUCCAUCGUCGUUCGUCGAGAAAAAGAUUGAAAACUGCAAAACGAGCCACUCCACCAAUGGGACGAUCCAAUUCCAGCGUGGAAAUUCACCGCAUACGCAUUCAAUCUGUUCGCAAGCCACUACGUGUACCGAUCUGGUUAAGAUCAAAGAUUCGGAGUAUCCCCGCUCGUUUGUGAGCACGUCGAGUCCCGGUCGUCUUGGGAAGUAUACAUCAGUCGAUGCCGAAAUGUCGAGUCACGAGGAUAGCUCAAUGGGUUCCGAUAGCGAGGACGAUUCAAUCGAACGGACCAUGCACGCGGCAAUGUGUAUGCACGAAGAGACGAAGAUUGAGAGGCCUCGGUCGAAGAGUAUCAGUCCGUUAUCAUCGCAGCCCUCGUCGUCUUUUUCGAUGGGUGAACCCUCGAGGGAACCAGAUUCGAGAGAAAACGGAAGAGGAAACGAGCAAGAGGAAACGGAAGAUCUUGCGGAAUUUAAUUCGAAACGAGAGGAGAGACAAAGAUAUUUCACCGCAAGGAGAUCCUUGUCCGAGGGUGACUGUGAGCGAUACCAUCGAACUAGACGUCGUUGCAAAUGCGUCAAAGAGGAAGAAUCGCUUGAUGAACAGGAACGACUUCCAGCAUUUCCUAGUUUUAAUGACACCAGGUUACAAGUUAUGGGAUUAUCGUGCUCGAAGGAUAUAGAUAGCGUGCACAGGGAAAAUAUACCAGAAAACGAGCUGGAGCGCAAAUAUAUAGCGUUUUCGAUAGGAGUUAGUACGGACAGGAUCACCCUACAUCGCAGAAUGGCAUUGUCUCUUCGCCAAAGGGAUCAGUCGGAGCGAAAUUUUAUGAACGAAAUACAAAAAAUUCAAGACGAUAUAAAGGGUCUAUGUCCGCUUUGUACGGAUCAAGAAUCGAUAGACAAAGUAGAGAAUGUUCGUCAUCGAUUAGACAUGAUAGCACGAUCUGCUCAUAGAGUUUCUUGUGCCGCCGAAACACUCGGAGCAGUAUACCAGGAGCACAGAAUAUCUAAAGCGAUUUUUAUAGCUGACAAAUAUUUGCAAUUAUUACGAUCCAGAUGUGAAAACUUGGUAACAGAUAUUGCAGAAAUUAAACAAAUAUUAUUAAAAAAUAACAUUAUGAUAGAAGAAAAUUCUGGAGAGGCAGGAGACGAUUUACCUAAAAUUCGGUAUAGAAAUGGGCUACCCUCUAAUAAUCGAACAAUGAUGACUAGAAGAAGAGCAAGCAUUGCUACAAUUUCACGACCCUUGAGUUCACAAGAUAUGAUAAAGGAAGUUUCUAGACAGCGUAACUCUGUUUCCGGGAGAGUUACUUUAAGACGGCCGUCAUUAUGCUUCGAAUCGCAAAGAUGGGAAAACGAAAAAUUAAAUCUAACGGACAGUGCGAAUAGCGUCGUUGAAUUACGUGAUAUAUUUGAACAUACUGAAUCACGAAGAAACUCCAUUGAAGAAAAUAAUAAUCUUUUAAGAAAUGAUCAAAGUAAUAAUCUUAACAGCACGAUUUGUGAUAUUAUUAGUAAUAUAAAAGAUAAAGAUCGAUUAAUUACCAAACAAAAUUCGUUCAUGGAAUCAAGUGUAACUAAAACUGUUGAAAAGCAGCUAAAAUCAUGUAUACGAACGGCUGAACCUUUGCGAAUAACUAGGAACAUUGAAACUUGGCGGCCAAUAUUGUGGUUUAUGUUCAUAUUUUUUCUCGGAUUUUAUGCAAAACAAAUUACUUCAACAUUUAUUACGUAA